AUGUAUGAAAAUUCUAGUGAUUAUUCCUCAGUGUUAAACGAAACAAAAACUUCUCAAGAUUACGCAUUCGAUUGGUCAGUUUUAAUUGAUGCAGAUCUUGAAUUUAUUAAUCCAGAAGUAAAGAAAAAAUCCCACAUUCAUUGUGUCUUUUCGCGUGUCUACAUUGACGAUAUGGAUCUGUUACGUCAAGGCGAUGAUGAUGGAGAAUUUGUUGCUGAUGAAAGUGAAUCAAAAGAGGAUUUAUUAGAAGAGCAAAUUCAAGAAGUUUCAACAAAUAUGCAAAAGGACGAAGAUGUCAAAAAAGAAAAAUUACAUGAUGAAAUUAAUUGUUCAAAUGAUGUUCGUAGUUUUGGAUUCGCAACUGGCUUUGAUUUAAAUGGAGAAACUUUUUAUAAGAAAAAAAUUAAUGGUAGUGAAGAUGGAAGUGAAAGUAGUAAAUUCAGUGCUGGAAUUCUUGAUUUUGCAAAAUUUUGGCAAAAUGAAGACUGCAAAAGAUUUUCUGGAUUUGAAGGGAAAAAACGGAAAAAAGCAAAGGCAAGAACAUCAUCAUCUUUAUCGGCAACUACAAGUUCUGUACAAAUAUCUGGCACAGCUAGUAAAGUAGAAUCAAAUACUUCUUUAAUUGAAGGUUCAGAAGAUUCUUUGUCUAUAAACAUUUCUAUGGAAAAAUUGAAUUUUGAGGAUAAAUUAAAUUUUGAUUUUGCUUUUGAUCCAAAACGAGAUAGAAAAUUGGUGGCUAAAAGGGCUCGCAAAUAUUUUUCUGAUGAUAAGGAAAUGAUGAAAUAUUGGUUUCAACGUUAUCGUUACUUUACUAAAUUGGAUGAGGGAAUUUUGUUAGAUCGUGAAGCCUAG